AUGGCAGCAAUUCACGAUAACCUCGAAAUAUUCAGUCUUAUUUGGCUUGAUGCAUCGGUAAAUACAUCAAAAGAAAACAUCAAAGCUCAAUCAGAUCUUCGUGCAAUCAUUAAUUAUCUGAAAACAUUUGACAAUGUUGUAAAGUGUGAAAAAUACAUUCGAAAAUGUGAUGAAUCAGAUCGAAUCAUGCUCAUCGUCAGUGGUGGUUUGGGACGAGAAAUAGUGCCUCGAAUUUAUAAAUUUCGACAAGUUUCUUCCAUCUAUGUCUACUGUAUGAACAAGAAGAAGAAUAAGGAAUGGGCCGGGCAAUAUCCAAAAAUCAAGUUAAUAAGUACAGAUCUCGAUGAACUCAUUCAUCGAAUUAGGAUAGAUCAUAGCAAGAAAAAGAAAAUCGAAGAACAGUUUUCGAUAACCUUCUUGCAAGACAAUUCAAUAAAAGAUCGAUCAUCAUUCGGUCUCAAUGGACAAUAUGUUCAGUUUGAAUUAUUGUUAGAUUCCCUUCUUCGUAUAGA